GCUGCAGCGCGCUGUAGCAAGUGUUGCAAGAUUGGGCACGAAAUCUGGCAACAACACUGGCAGGACUGACAUGACACGCUGAGCCGUGUCCAGAUAGCGCACAACUACGUCUUACAAAUAGGUCUCACGCUUUUUGCAGGUAAUGGGGGAUAUGAAGACCCCCGAUUUUGACGACCUGCUGGCAGCGUUUGACAUUCCCGACGUUGAUGCCAAGGAAGCCAUUCAGUCGAGUCCAGAAGAGAGCGAGGAGCAGGAGGGGAACUCGGGGAAAAGCAGAACAGACGACGGUAGUCCGUCUAGCUUUCCGUGUUCGCCAGCUUCCCAAAGCAACCCCCCAGUAGUCAGUGUAAUAGUGAAGAAUAGAGUCAGGCCUGAAUCCUCUGGAGAACUUGAUAACACCUUCACAAACGAUACCAAACCUUCGAUUGAUAGCACAGACAGUUUUUUUAUUUGUGGAUUAGACUCUAAACACGAGGGUGAUACUCUUCCUGCUUCUCAGCUGAGCCAGAAAACACUCAGUGACCCUAGUAGUGGACCUCAGAAGUCCAAUGGCUUUGAAGAAUCAGGCAUCAAGUCUAAGGAUCAGGCUAACGGAGACCACUGGUCAAGUGAUUCUGCAUUGCCCUCUAGUGAAGAGAAUAAGAGGGGACUAGCUCAAAUAGAAUCGCUUAGACAUACAACCGACCUCAUGAGCAAGCUGAACCCACUCUACCCGCAGUCGUCAAUCAUCUCUGAUUGCUCUGCCGUCCAACCUCCAGCUUCAUCAGCUUCCACACACUUUCUUCCUUCAAACCAAAACCCACCGCCUCUUUUCAAACACAAACUACAACAGAAGCCGGGCUAUCAUCACAGUACAGAAGCCUCCGGUCCUACCCAGGCCGAGAGUACAGGAGACAGGUUAAGGCACAUCAUUCAGUCCGAUGAAGAGGAUUCAGAGCCUGAUUUAGGAAGCCCACUAAUGAUUCAUGAAAGCCCAGAGCUGCUGAUUACCUCUCCUCCAAAAUAUCCCCGGCGAUCCGUAUCCAUGAAGCAGCGUUGCUCUCCUGAAAAAGAGUCUGGUAAACAUCCAGGUGCUCCUCGUCUCUCCUCUUUGUUGACGUCUUUAAAUACUGAACUUCGUCCCAAGAAACUGCCGUCCACGUCUCCUACUCCGCCCUUAGUCUCCCAGCAACCACAAGCACACAUCUCCACUAACCAGAAGGGCUCCACCUUACAAGAGGAGGAAUACCCUGAGCAUGUGAUAGAUGACAGAGACUCUCCCGAGAGCCCACCGCCCGAUCAAACGGGCUAUGUGAUCCCCAAGAGCAGCCCAAGCCCAGUUCAACCUGCCGCCUUCAGCCAAGGGACCUGUCUGGACAAAGUGGAGCACAUGGACAGUGAUUUAAGUCAGGACAGCCGAACAGGAGGUGUCAAUAAAGGUGAUGUGGAUAAAAUGGAGGUUGAAUAUGAAGGGAAAAUGGAUAAGGAGAGUCUGACAGCAGACUCGUCCACUGCAGCUCUUGUGUCGACCACUACUGCAGUCACAGGCAGAAUGUCAUCUCCUUCCCGCCCGCUUAAAGUCAAAAUCAAGAUGGUGAAAACACCUACGGGCGCCAUCACGAGGACUGUGACCCGACCAGCAGGGAAAGGCAGAGCCUCUUCUAAGGCGGCAGCGGUCUCCACCCCACCACCACCGCCACUCCCACCACCGGCCCCUCUCACCAGCAAGCCCAAGACCGACGCAUCCCAACAGUUUCUGAAAAAAACAGCAAAGGGUGGCGAACUCCCUGCCGCAGCGUCAGCGCUCCAGGACGCCAGUACGGCCAUGUUGGUGGCCGCCAGCAAGGUGAAGAGCAGCAAAGGUUCUGCAGACACCAAAGCAAAGGUCUCCGCGGCGGCCGUCAGCAUCACUAAGUCGGCAGCGCUGCCCACCAUCUCCUCCUCCCCAAGGUUCCGGUCAGCGGGCGCCGACCUGCGCAGCCUCGGCCAUAAGACGCUGACCAGUGGGCUGGCGGUGUCCUCGCCCGCCGCGCUCCAGCCCCCCCAGGGGAGCAGCAGGCCCGCCUCCAUCGUGAACAACACGGGGGCCAUCAUCUCCAAGAGCCAGUCCAACCUGGUGGAGGCUUUCAACAAGAUCCUCAACAGCAAGAACCUGCUGCCCAGCUACAAGCCAGACCUCAGCUCUCCCCCUCCCGCCGAGUGGGGCCUGCCCCUGCCUGCACAGGGCUACCGCUGCCUGGAGUGUGGCGAUGCCUUCGCCCUGGAGCGCAGCCUGGCCCGGCACUACGACCGCCGCUCGCUGCGUAUCGAGGUGACCUGCAACCACUGCGCCAAGCGGCUGGCUUUCUUCAACAAGUGCAGCCUGCUGCUGCACGCCCGCGAGCACAAGGAGCGCGGGCUGGUCAUGCAGUGCUCCCACCUGAUCAUGAAGCCCGUCACCGUGGAGCAGAUGAUCGGACAGCAAGAGCCUCCAGCCGUUGUGACUUCCUCCGCCGGACCAUCGUCUUCCUCCACCCCCAGUGUGAGCACCUUGGCCCCCGCUCUACAGCCACAGCAGGCCCCCCCCGGCAGGAAGGUGGCGGCCGAAGCGGUGCAGUACAGCGGCAACAAGUGCCCCGAGUGUCUGCUUCAGUUCAGCAGCAAAGAAGAGGUGGCCGCUCACUUCCAGGAGCUCAACCCAGCGUACAGCAGCCCGUGCAAGGAGUGCUCUCCCCCCAUCCUGCUCUCCAACGGCUGCAGCGCCAGCGCUCACCAGCGCAUCCACAAGGCCCUCCCCCCCCACGUCUGCCCCGAGUGCGGCGGCACGGCGGCCAGCCAGGCGGCCUUCCAGACCCACCUGGAGGAGGCCUGCCUGCACUUCACCCGACGCAUCGGAUACCGGUGUUCCAGCUGCCAGGUGGUGUUCGGAGGUCUGAUCUCGGUCAAGUCUCACAUCCAGAUGGCUCACUGUGACAUGUUCCAUAAGUGCCCCAGCUGCCCGAUGGCCUUCAAGUCUUCCCCCAGCAUCCAGAACCACAUCACGGCCCAGCACCCCACCCUCACCGGGGGCCAGCCCAAGUUGAUCUAUAAGUGUGUGAUGUGUGAAACAGUGUUUACCCAGAAGUCCCUGCUCUACGUGCACUUUGACACCCACCUGGCCAACCAGACGGUGCACGUGUUUAAGUGCCCCGAGUGCCCCAAGCUGUACUCCCAGAGGACCUCGCUGGUGGACCACAUAGCGGCUUCCCAUAAGACGGUCCCAGCCAAGGCAGAGCCUCCCCCGGCCCUGGCCCCCGCCUCCCAGCCCCGGGCCUCUUUGAAGACGGAGAGCUCGGACGGGGAGGACUGGAGGGACGAGGAGGACGAGGAUGAGGCUGUGAACGGCGAGCGGCCCCGGGGCCCCUCGGCGUGGAGCUGCCUGCCCUGCCAGACGCACUACGCAGACCGGCAGCUCUACCUCGCCCACAUGGCCAAGCAGCACGGCAAGAAGUUUCCCUGUACCAAGUGUGAGGGUACCUUCACCACCACCUCUAGCCUUCGGCGCCACAUCAGGGUCAAGCACAAGGGCAUGAACCGCGGCUUCCACUGCAAGCUCUGUACCAAAGGUCAGAAGACCUUCAACAGCAGGGUGAUGCUUGAGAGACACAUUCAGCUGAGACACGGCACCGCUGCAGUCAGCCAGGACUCCUCACUGGGAGCCAGUGGAUUGGACGACAGCUCCUCGGAGCAGGACGGUGGCUCCGGGUGUGUCCCGGGCCGGAGGAUCCCCCGGAGGGCCGAGCCAGAAGAGGCGUCUGCGGGCGGAACGAGCCCGGCCAAGAGGACCCGGCUCUCCGCGGCAGCCGCGCCCACCCCCCCUGCCCUCCCCGAGUCCGGCUUCCGCUGCGCCCCCUGCGGGUUCACCACGGAGGACCAGGGGGUCUUCCUAGAGCACAUCCCCCAGCACCGCACCGAGGGGCCCGCCGGCGGGGGCCAGCAGUGCCUGCACUGCGGAGCCUGCUUCACAUCAGCGUCCUCCCUAUCGCGCCACCGCUUUAUCACCCACAAGGUCCGGGACGCCCCGGCGGACCUCCACCAGGGGCCCGGGGACCGGCUGGCGCCGGCAGCCUCCCCCGGGCCCAGCGGGAGCCACGAGGACCUCAUGCUGCCGCCGUCGCCCGCCUCCCAGGGGGCCGCGGCGCCGGGGAGGGAUGGGGAGGGCAGGCUGCCCUGCAGGGUGUGUGGGAAGAGCUUCGACAGAGCAAGCGACCUGAACACGCACUUCAGAACGCACGGGAUGGCCUUCAUCAACGCCAAGAACGCCGCGGAGAAAAGUUAAACGGGCCAUGGCAGAAGUGCAGGUUUAGAAGUGCGUUGGAUGAAGCGAGGGAAUGCAAAGUGCCUUUCAUAUGUCCUGGUCCUCGUGUCGGGGGUACGCCCUGUGUACUCUCUUAACCAACAAUGCUACUGCGAUUUUAUUCGAGAAACAAAAGUGAUCAUGAUUGUAAUUUCCACUCAGGAUCUCCCAGCGAGCCACUCUGAAGUUUGAUGAAUAGAUUUUGUACUCCAGAUUGUUCUUUAUUUCUGUCUUCACAGGCGACCACAAUGUGAUGACGGCAGUGUAAUGUGACAUCAAUCUUAGUUUCUCUACUUAUGACGAUUUUCUAAAAGUACUUUUUGUUCUUAAUUUCCGGGUUGUACAUUAUAGGCAAUUGCUACCAAUUUAUUUAAAGACAGUAAGUAAACAAUAUUUAACAGAAUGACAGUUUCUUUGGCAUGUAAGGGGAUGGAGGUGUGCGUGUUUGUUUAAUGUGUCUGUUUUAAUCGUGUGAAUGUCUGCUGUGCUUUUUAAGUGUAGUUUAGGGAUUUGUAUUGUCCUAUGAGAAACUUUAAACAAACUCAAUGUAUAUUUUGUGAUUCUUUGUAUUCCUCCAACAUGCCUUAAACUAGAUGACCAUGCAUAACCUUGUAUUUAAGCAGAUUUUCAUAGCUAAAUAAUUUGGAUGUACAAUACACACUGGGGAAUGUACUUUAUUAUGUUAUAUAGAAAGAAUUUUCUCUCUGUCACUUCUAUUUAACUGCCUUGACAAAAAAUUUGAUUAAAUGUUUUAUUUGAACAUGA